CACAGAGGACCGCAGCAGUGCAAGCAAAUGUAAUUGGCAGGAAAAGAAGCAACACGCUUUAUGAGAUGUUUGUGCUUCUUUAACACGAGUGUAAUGUUGUACAGAGCAGCAGACGUCCCUACAAACAAAAAAGUGGAAUCAUGUAAUAUUUAUGCAUCCAGAGUUGUGCGGGUGCCUUGGGUAAACGAAGUGGAUUGACGCGCGCGUUAAACCAGCCGCAUGUGAUUUCCAGCUUCAGUCAUUUUGGCAGCACGAUGCGAGAGAGAGACGGACACGGAGCUGUGAAACUGGACCCUCUGCCAGAGAUGUCGACGGAGAGGAAUCCCUGAAACCGCCGCUGCCCAGGAAAUAUGGACCAAUCUUGUUUUGUGGGCUGUUUUUCUGACGGUUUUUGCACAUCGCUACAGAGAGUGGACCAGGAUGCCGUGUGGGCGAUGCUGCCACAAGGGAUACAUUGUGAUUUCGCAGAGAUGUUUUAGCAACCGUUGCAUAAAUUAAAAUAAGAAAACCCGUCACACGAGAGAUUGGGAGUCCAAAGGGAUCUAAUAAGACAUCACCACCUGUUACUAGAAAAUCAGCACAGCCACCGAUCAGGGACCCGCUGGGAGUGAUACCUCACCACACGAUAGCCUCAUUCUGCUUUUCAGCAUCAGCUCCACUGGGAAUAAUCCUGCAACACCUACAGCCAGCCAGGAGAGGUGACAGCAUUGCUCUCCCACCACCCAAGUCUGACAGCCAUGAUUCGGGAAGGCCCUCUGCUACGGAAUAGAUCAGGGAUCAACUCGCUGCUCGAUGGCUAGAUCUCAUCACACAAAGAGCUGGGGGCCUUUCUAUUGAGUAUCCCUCACUGCAUAGUAGCACAUGGAUUUCAAGACUUCAAAUGAAGAGACAAAGACUGGGAUUUAUUUGAUGCAAGAAGGUAAUGAGGAGCCGUUUAAUAUUCGACUACACCUGGCCAAAGAUAUUCUGACCAUUCAAGAACAAGAUGUCAUCUGUGUGUCAGGAGAGCCUUUUUAUUCAAGUGAGAGGACUGUAACAAUCAGGCGGCAGACAAUUGGAGGGUUUGGCCUGAGCAUCAAGGGUGGAGCUGAGCAUAAAAUCCCUGUUGUGAUAUCAAAAAUAUCAAAAGAACAAAAAGCUGAACUCUCUGGGCUGCUUUUCAUCGGAGACGGCAUCCUUCAGAUAAAUGGAAUAAACGUUAGAAGUUAUCGCCAUGAGGAAGUGGUCCAGGUUUUGAGAAAUGCUGGUGAAGAAGUGACUCUUACAGUCUCUUUCCUAAAGAAGACUCCAGCCUUUCUGAAACUGCCCCUGUGUGAGGACUGCACAUGCAUCCCCAGCGACCAGAGUAGUGGGACCUCCUCUCCUCUGUGUGAUAGCGGCCUGCACUUGAACUACCAUCCUAACAACACGGACACGCUGUCCUGCUCAUCCUGGCCCACAUCCCCGGGGCUUCGCUGGGAGAAAAGAUGGGUGGACCUGCGCCUUAUUCCACUGCUCCACUCACGCCUGUCGCAGUACAUCCCGGGCUCUGACAUCUGCAGGAAAAAUGCUUUCCAGGUCAUAGCUGUGGACGGAGUUUGCAGCGGAGUUGUGCAGUUUCCCACAGCUGAAGACUGCUUGGAGUGGCUUCAGGCAAUAGCGAACAACAUUUCCAGUCUCACCAAGCACAAUGUGAAGAAGAUUAACCGAAAUUUUCCAGUUAACCAACAGAUUAUCUACAUGGGCUGGGUUGAUGAGAAGGAGCAGGACUCCGUUCAGGACCGAAUGUAUUCACCAAAGUUUCUCGCUUUGAGGGGUUCCUCACUCUUCAAGUUUUCAGCACCUCCUGUAACAACAUGGGACUGGACAAGAGCAGAGAAAAGCUUUACUGUGUAUGAGAUAAUGUGCAAGAUUUUAAAGGAUAAUGACCUUCUGGACAAGAGGAAGCACUGCUUCAGCGUCCAGACGGAGAGCGGGGAGGACAUGUUCUUCAGCGUGGAACUGGAGUGUGAGCUGCUGAUCUGGGAAAAGGCUUUUCAGAUGGCCACUUUCUUGGAGGUGGAGAGGAUACAGUGUAAAACGUAUGCCUGUAUCAUGGAGAGCCACCUUAUGGGACUUACAGUUGACUUCAGCAUGGGCUUUGUGUGCUUUGAUGCAGCUUCAAAGGCAGUACUGUGGAGAUACAAGUUCUCCCAACUAAAAGGAUCAUCUGAUGAUGGAAAAAGCAAGAUCAAGUUUUUGUUCCAAAAUCAAGACUCCAAAUCUAUUGAAGCAAAGGAGCUGGAGUUCUCAAACCUCUUCGCCGUGCUUCAUUGUAUCCACGCUUUUUUUGCUGCCAAAGUUGCUUGCCUGGACCCGAUGUUUGUGGAGAGCCAAGGCACCGCGACUACCACUGGGUUUCCCUCUCUUUCCAGUAUCUCAUGUAAUUCACAGACACCUAAACUCAAAUACGCCACUUGACAGGUGCUGCUCUCCCCAGACUCCUUCUAAAAGUACGCUGCACUUAAUUGUGGCCAUGGCCUAAAAUGGUGGACAGGAUAACUGGAAAAUGUUCAAAUUCUGACAUUAUGGAGGACAGCUGUAUACAGUGGUGGAAAAAAAAGACCUCCUUGGGAGUGAUAUACUUGAUACCUUGGAAGUAGUUUCAGAUUUCUGGGAUUUCUGGAAUAAUUGUGGACCUAAACAAGAACCUCUACUUUGAGAAACUUCCCAAAAAGACUAAGGACACAAAAUGUGUGAUUCAAAGAAUGUUUUUAAGUGAAUUUGUCCUUCUCUUGAUCCUCAGUCAUCCUUAUAAUCAACACAUCACAAAGAAAAAUGCAGUUCUUUUCCCAAGGUAGUCUGCUUUUCUAUGUAAUUUUAUUCAAGAUUUGAAGAGUUAAAACGAAACAGAUUUUAGCCUUUUUGUUCCACAUCAGACGGUACAUCACUUGAACUUCUGCAAGGAUUUGUCUGGACACUUGAUAUGAUGACGUAGGAUAAUUACGCUUUCUAUAUUUCCAUUUUUUUGUGUUCUUGAGGUGAAAACGUUUACCUACAUUUGCACUGGAGUGUAAUUAAAAUCCGACUAAAAGCUAAAUGGCAACAUCAGUCUGAUACUGAAUAUGAAUUUUGGCUCAACUUAAUUACACAGACGUUUGCUGGCAGUAUUGCUGGAUGAAAUGAAUGCUUUAGAUGGGUUUGUGUAUGAAUAUUCUGAGUAACCUCAUUUAUUUUUCUCUGUAUAUGACGUCAUCCUCACAGGUUGACGUCAGAAUAUAACUAUUUCCUGGAUUAAUGGAUAGACAGGCUGUAUGAAAGUGUAGUUUUUAUUGUAUGGAUGAAGAAUGACACUUAAUAAUCAGGUUCACCAUCCACGCUACCAUAAUCUGACAAUACCACUCUAAACAUGAUUAGAAACACCUUCCAUCAUGUUUAUAGCAUUUUUUUCUCUCCCAAACUUGAUUCUGUAAAUAAACACUGACAUUCAAAUGAACUCAUAGAAUUAUGAAUGAUGGUGAUUACUUGAGGGAUUACUUGUAGGGAUUAUGGCAUUUGUUAAUUUGAUGUGCACCAGAGAGGACUAGGCUCAUAACCUCGUGCUCUCUUCAUUAUUUACUCUAUGGACCAAUUUAAGAAGAAUAAAAUCAGCUAUGGUGUGUUUUUGGAAUAUUUUAUCUUUUUUGACUUUUCAGCUUGUAAAUAUGAUAACUUUUCACUGACAAUGAGAAAACACACCAUGGGGAAAAUAGAAAUAUGUAGCGUCAUGGCCUCUAAAGGUUUUAAGGAUUCCCCUGUAAACUUCACUCUAUAUUAAACUGUUUAUAAAUGCAGCAGAGGGACAACUAAACUAUCAUAUUCAAAAAGAGUUCAGGUCAAUUAACGCAAUUAAUCAUGCUCUUACCUUCCAUUUACAAAGUAGAAUCCAAACAGAAGAGGCCCAUGGGUAAGUAAACUCUAGAGGAUAGCAAAUUAAAUGGGGUCAGUAAAGUGCUUGGUACUGUGCGGGUUUGUUAAGCUGACAUGAGUGUCUGAGGGAAACAAAUGGUGGUGCAGUCUAUGCAAAGAAAGUCUGAGUGAUGCUUUUGUGCUUUAAAAUGAUCUUGGUUGGAUACCCUUAUAACACAGGAUCUAGAGAGUGAGGUUUAUUUUAUUUUUUGCAGAUGUUUUAUUAACAAAUAUGCUGUGUAAUAAAUUAAUAAAUAAGACCUUUUAUAUGG